GUUAAAAUGCCCGAACUCAAAACACUUCUUUUUCCAAGAUGGCGUCGAUGAAGGACAGCGACACCGGCCUGUGGCUUCACAACAAACUUGGAUCAACAGACGAGCUCUGGACGCCUCCGAGCAUCGCUUCUUUGCUCACAGUGUCAGUAAUUGACAACAUACGGCUUUGCUUCUCGAGUUUAUCGCCGCCAGUGAAGCUCAAACUGCUGCUCGGGAUGCUGCAUCUUCCCCGGCGGACCGUUGACGAGAUGAAAGAAGCCCUGUCAGAGAUAAUCCAGUUGGCUACGGUGGAUUCAGAGCCCUGGGUGCUGAUGGUUGCAGACAUCCUCAAGUCCUUCCCAGAGACCGGCUCUCUCAAUCUGGACUUGGAGGAGCAGAAUCCAAAUGUGCAGGAUAUUCUGGGAGAGCUCAGAGAGAAAGUGGGGGAGUGCGAGGCAUCUGCCAUGCUUCCUCUGGAGUGCCAGUUUCUGAACAAGAGUGCACUAACCACCUUAGUGGGACCCCUCACACCUCCUGUCAAACACUUCCAACUGAAGAGGAAGCCCAAGAGUGCCACCCUGAGAGCAGAGCUGCUACAGAAAUCCACAGAGACAGCCCAACAGCUAAAGAAGACAGCUGGAGUGCCUUUCCACGCCAAAGGGAGAGGAUUGGUCAAAAAGAUUGACACAACUACUCCUCUCAAGGGAAUUCCCAAAGCGCCAUUCCGCAGCCCUACGGCCCCCAGUAUGUUCAGCCCUCCCAGUAAUCGCACACCCAUCGCCCCUGCACGGACGCCCCUACGGAAGGAGAGAGGGGUCAAGUUGUUAGAUAUUUCAGAGUUGGACACGGUCGGAGCUGGAAGAGAAGCAAAGAGGAGAAGAAAGACUUUGGAAACAGAAGCCGGCGAGAAAGCAGCCAAAGAAGAAGCGGUGGUGGAAAACACGACACCAGACUAUGCCGCUGGCCUUGUAUCUGCGCAGAAACUGGGGGCGUUGAACGAGAAUCCUCUUCCAUCAACCAGCUACCUACCAGCCACACCCAGCAUGGUCCCCUCCUCCUCUUACAUUCCCAGCUCCGAGGCACAGCCAGCGAAUGCCGGUGGUUCGGGACGGGACACACUGCAGUCAGCCCGCCAACCAGAGGAGUCAGCAACAGCAGGCGCAGGCGCCAAUGCAACCUUACCAGGCCAGUACAAACAGAGGACGCCAAUGUACAACGCCAGUAACACGGCCAACCCCGCAACCCCCACUUCCCCCAGCACGCCAGCCUCCACCCCGGCCAACAACGGGCCCCCGGCAGCUGCAACAGCCAGCCAGCCAGAGACCCCCACUCAGCCUCCAACCACACCUCAGACCCCCACCCCAACACCGACCCCUACGCCUCCUCAGCCACAGCCCAAAAAGAACCUGUCGCUCACGAGAGACCAGAUGUACGCCGCCCAGGAGAUGUUCAAGACAGCCAACAAAGUCACCCGACCAGAGAAGGCUCUCAUCCUGGGCUUCAUGGCUGGAUCCAGAGAGAACCCAUGCCCGGAGCAGGGGGACAUCAUCCAGAUCAAGCUGAGCGAGCAUACAGAGGUUCUGCCCAAAGCAGACGGCACGGGCAGCACCACCAUGCUGGUGGACACGGUGUUCGAAAUGAACUACUCCACAGGACAGUGGACCCGCCUCAAGAAAUACAAACCCAUCACCAACACCUCCUGAGGCGCUUUGGGACUCCAGAUCACACACACAUGAUUUCAUAUCCACUCAACGAGAAUAAACAUGUUUACAUACGUUCAAGUAUUUACAGACACGUUUGGGCCAAAUGGAGCACUGGGCAGGUGAGACAUCGUCAAGGAGAGAAAGGUCCUCCCUUUUCCUGCACCGCCAAAACGCAGGAUUCUUUGAAGAAUAUUUCUGUACUUUCUGUUUGAUUGUUUUCCUUUUAUUGUUUCUCUUUUUAAGUCACCUCUGAUUCUGCUGUUAGGGUGGGGAGAGUUAUAUUCACAGGUCUGAGUCAGCAGAGGAGUUACUGUCAGAGGGCACCUUCUCAACAUUUGUACUCUGAUGUAUAAGCAUGUGGCGUGUUUAGAGAGAAGACGAGCUGUCUGUAUUUUUCUGUAUGAAUGUGACUUCGCAGCUUCUCCUAAGCCUUUCAGAACAGAAUCGUCAUUUAUGUUGAGAAGAAAAUAAGAGAACAUUUCAGCAGUCAUCAUGGAGGUGACUAAAACAAAGAGCGGUGUAACGUUGAGUCCGGUUCUGUUUGGAGCGUUCUGGUAGAUGUUUAAUAAUUUUUCAUCCUUUUUCAAAAGAAGGGAAGAAAAUAAAGUGACAACAGACUCCA